AUGAUUGCCUUAACUCGUCAAAUAACCAGGUCUUCAAUUCGUUCUUAUUCUACCGUGGCUCAACCUAGAAAGGUUGGUGCUUUCAGAGGUGGAUUUUUAGGGUUUUUAGUUGGUGUUACUGUAACAGGUGCUGGUUCAUACUACUACUUAUUAGAGGAAUACAAGCAAGCUAAUAAUGUUGUUGUUGCCGAUGUUGUUGCUUUACAAUCAUCAAUUAAUAACUUAGAAAAGCAUGUUAAGUUAUUGGAAGAAUCUAAGAAAUAA